GCAUACAUUUUGUUUCAUAUUAUUUUAUUAAUAUUUCAUGAUUUUGGUGUUUAUAUCUUGUCAUGCAUAUAAUUUAGUCUCUUUAAGACGUUUCGAUGAAUAUUUUUGUGUACAGUAUAUAUAUACAACUGAAUGUUUAGUUUCUAUUUAGAAGUAUGCAAGGAUAGUAAUGUCUGAUUUGUCAGAAGCAACACGAUCUGCUGAUGAUUUUAAGAAUACAACACGAUGUUCCAAUGUACAUAUUAGUAACAACCAAAAGAAUAUUUUGAAAUCAAAAGAAAACUUAUUUAAACCAAAAUGCAAUAAAGCAUUGAAAAAGAAAUUAAAGAAAUAUAAAUUGAGGCGAGAUGGCAAUGAAGACCAAGAUGUGUUAGAUGUUUCACAAAUUUUAGUAAAUUCAUUAAGAAUCAAGUCUCCUAAUAAUCCAGACAAUAUAUAUAAUAAAAAUAAAAAUACAGAAGAAACAAAGCCUAAUAACUAUCUUUUUAAAAUGGUUAGGAAAAGAAAAAAUUUUUUACAAAAAGAAACUAACAAUGUGAAUAUUUCACAAAAUAUUGAUGUAGGUUCUGUUAUAUUUGACGAAGAGUCCCAAACUAGUAAACAAAUGGAUGCAUUUAAGUUGCUUAUGGAUUCAAGGAAUAAGAGUAUUGGCAGUAAUUCUCCAGGUAAAGAAAAAAGCAAUGAUGGAAGUAUUGUACUUGAAAUUGAAGAAAAAAAAGCAAUAAAGGCUAAAAGAGUUUUGUCACUUCAGAAAAUGGCAGAAGAUAAAGGUGCUUUAAAAAAAAAAGAAAUGGAAGAAUUUAGAGAAAUUUGUAUAAAGCAGAAAAUGUUGAAAAGAGCAGAAUUAUUUAAGGAUAUGUUAACUAAAAAUGAUUCUAAAAAGAACAAAUCAGAGCAAUCUGCACAAUCUAAUAUUUUACACAUCAAACCAAAAAAGGAAACUAUAAAAAAUGUUGCAACAAACAAUAAGACAAUUAAAUUAUGUGAUAUAUUUAGUGACACAAAUAGUAUAGUUGAUGAGAAUAAACCACUAGAGAAAGUAGCCAGUGAAGACAUUGAGUUCUUAAAAAAAUUAUCACCAUCUAUUAGAAAACAGGAAAACAUGCUUUGUUAUUUUAAAAAAGUUUCUAAAGAUGCAGAAUUAACUUCUGAGCAAUCGGAAAUAAAUUAUUCUGAUAAAAAUACAAAAUCUAUCAUUAAAGUAAAAUUAACACCUAAACGAAAGAAGAAAACAAAAGCAUCAAAAUCUGUUGACAAUGAUUUGUGCAGUAUUACUAACAGUAAAAGUGCUCAAACAGAACAUUUACCAAUCUGUGACUCCAAUAACUUAGAUAGUGAGCAAACAGAAAAUAAUGAAAGAAGGAAACGAAAACGCAAUAAAAAAAAUGAUGAAGUUAAUUCACUCAUAACUACAGAAACUAUAAAUAAUAAUGAGUCUGGUAAUAAUAUUGACGGUAGACCAAAACGAAAUACUAAAAAGCCUGUAAAGUACGCAGAAGAUGUAAAUUGUUUCAGCUCUGAUGAGGAACUGCACAUCUUUACACCAAAGAAAAAAAGAAAUAGUGACAUUAGUUCAAAAUCCAAAGUUAUAAAAUAUAUUCAUGAUAUAGAUACAAAAACAAAAAAUUUUGAAAUGCCUGCAAAUGAUAAAGGUUAUAAAAUAUCUUCAAAGUCUGGUAAAUCAAAAGAAUCAAAUAAUUACCUUAAAAAUCAAAAUAAUAAACUAAAAUCUGAAAUGAAAACUGAAUCAAAAUCUACAAAAAACAUUAAUGGCAGUAAAAAUUUAAGUAAUAUUAAGGUAAAAAAUGAUAAAAAAACAUUAAAGUUGGCUCCAAUAUUUGUAACAAAACCACAACUUUCACCAGCUGCUAUUGAAGCCAAACAGAGAUUUCUAAAAAGUGGUGUUCCAGAGAAGUUAAAAAAAAGUACUGUACAACAAAUAAACAAUAGCACAUUAUUGGAAUACUUCCAUUCUGUUUCACAUAUUCAACAGAAUGAUUGUCAUGUUAGCAAUCUUCAAGGAAAGGAUUGGUUCAAACAAACAAGUAACAAAAUCGAAGAAACUAAUGUAGCACACAAUUAUACAUUCAAAUCAUUAAUAACACCUGACUCAGCUGAAAGUCUGAAUAUUCCCAUUCUAAAACAUAAGCCAGAAAAAGUAUUGAAAUAUAUAAAGAGUGCAUACCCCAAAUUUCCUGUUUAUCGCACAUAUCACAAGCUCAGAAGUAAGUGUAAAGGGGAUUUUAAAGAUUUUAAUUAUAUAGAUCUAGAUAAUAGUAUAGAAAUAAUAGAAAAUUGUACAGAGGUGAAUAAUGAUAACCCAGAGAAACUUAAUUGGUGUGAUAAAUAUAAGCCUACAACAUCCAAACAAAUAAUUGGUAAUUUUGAGAGUGUCAAAGAAUUAAAAAGAUGGCUUGAGACAUGGAGUGAAAAGUUAAUAAAAGAUAAGAGCAAUGGCAGUGAUGUUUCUGAUAUGUCUGAUUUCUACUGUUCUGAUAUGGAUAGUAAAGAUGCAAUGAGAACCACAAAUAACGUCCUUAUAGUCGCAGGAAAAUCAGGAUCUGGAAAAACUAGUAGUGUUUAUGCUGUAGCUGCAGAAUUAGCUAUAAAGGUCAUAGAAGUAAAUGCAAGUAGUAAGAGAAAUGGUAAAAUAAUGUUACAAGAUCUCCAAGAAGCUACACAGUCUCAUAAAGUGAAUAGGGCUAAGAGUGGUACAGAAAGCUCCCAAAAAUCAUCAUCACAAGAGGUACCAACAAUAUUGAGUAUCAAAAAACGUGGUAGGCCUAAACGAGUACUAGAAGAUAUUAAUGCAAAAAAGAAUACUUCAGUACCAACAUGUGAGACCUCAACACAGGUACCUUCAAGUCAGGAAUGUGUCCGAACAGCCAUGUCUCUUAUUUUAAUAGAUGAUGCCGACAUUGUUUUUGAUCAAGAUGAUGGAUUUUGUUCAGCUAUUUCUCAAUUAAUUCAAUCUUCUAAAAGACCUGUCAUUUUGGUGACAUCAUCUCCAUCAUGUCCACAUUUACAGAGAUUCUUACAAAAUGGAAAAAUAAUUCAUAUGCGUCCAUUAUUGCCCAGAAUGCUAGGAACCUGGUUGGAUAUUAUGUGUUUAGCUGAUGUAGGGAAAUGUUUUAUAGGACUCGGAGAAAAAAUGUUAGAUUAUUUUAAGGGGGAUAUAAGAAAAACUAUAAAUUGCUUACAAUUUUACAUGAAUUCAUUUAAAAAUACUAGCCAAUCAGAUGAAUUUAUUAAUUUGCAAGUGACAUGUAAUAUUGAUGAUGAAAACUCAAGCAUGUCUUGGGCUGAUACAGAGAGCAUGGAGAGUCCAUCCUCUAAUGAAUUUAAACCACUGUGUAAUAUUGACAAACAAACACAAUUAUUUUCAUAUUAUUCCCCUAAUGUCUUUGAUGUUUGGAUGGACUUAACCAGUUAUUUUAGUUUUAUUAAAAAAGAAGACGAUAUGAAGUUAUGUUCUAAAAGUUUAAAGAAAAGUAGUGAAAUACAAUCAGUAGUAGACAUUUUAGACACUUUAUCCGCAAUAGAUUACAUUGACAGCAUUAGGCCUGACACUAGUUCCAAUAUAACUUCAACACCAUGGCAUCGUAGUGAAACUGCCAGUCUAUUGGAAAGUGAAGACUUCAAUGGUUACAAUGAAACUCUUUAUAUUGGUGAAGAAAUAUCAAAUGUACUCAUGAUGAGUACAAUUUCUAAAGCUCAGAAAAUAUUUAAGACUGACCGCGUCCCUACUAUGAGUUUUCACAGGGAGAGAGAUAGGAUAGUGUCUCGACACAUUACCUUAUCUAGUUAUUUGAAUCCUUAUGCAAUAUUAGAUCGCAGAGCGACCGCUUUGGAUUACUGGCCGGCUUGCAGAACAAUAUGUAGAUUAGAAAAGAGCAAAACCGAUAUUAACGUGAAAAGAAACAAUCGGUUUUGUCAUUAUCUAAAAUCACUAAAUAUUCUCUGUAAAAAUGAUUUCUUUGAUAAUCUUGCUGAGAGUCUAACCUAACCAUAGCCGUUUAUUUUUUUAACUUAAGUACCAAUUGUAUACUUAACGUUUUUAAUUUAAGCCUCUUGUGGAUUCACUCCUGUUUAAAACUUUA